AUGGCCCGUCCUCCAAAAGAUGCUUUCCAAAUCGGCUGGAUCUGUGCCCUUCCAAUCGAGGCUGCUGCUGCUGCCGAGAUGCUAGAUGAGAAAUUCGGAAUUCUCGACGAACAAGAUGCAGCGGACUCAAAUACCUACACGCUGGGCCGAAUCGGCAAACACAACGUCGUGGUCGCCUGCCUCCCUGGCGGCCAGUACGGAACUACCUCAGCUACUACGGUCGCAACCAACAUGCUUCGCACCUUCUCCAAGUCGCUUCGAAUCGGAUUGAUGGUCGGUAUCGGGGGUGGAGUUCCUUCCGCUGCUCAUGAUAUUCGACUCGGCGAUGUCGUCAUUAGUUAUCCCCAAGGUACUUGUGGUGGGGUGAUUCAAUAUGAUAUGGGCAAGAUUAUUGCAGGCGGUGAAUUCGAACGCACUGGUUCGUUGAACAGUCCGCCGAGGGCAAUAUUGACCGCAGUUGGCACCGUGAGAGCUGCCAGCCUGACGGAUGAUCCCCGCUAUCUGGAGUAUCUCCAAAGUGCAAUCGGAAGAACCGCUCGAACUAGGAAGAAUUUUAGCCGGCCUGCUUUACAAUCUGAUCGACUUUUCAAGAUACAAUAUGAUCACCCUGCCAAUAUAAGGAACUGUGAUAAAUGUCUAGUAGAGUGGGAAGAAAUAAGAGAUGAACGGGAGGAUAGUGAUCCACAGCCCCACUAUGGUAUUAUUGCUUCUGGAAAUCAUGUUAUCAAGCACGGGCGGACAAGAGAGCAACUUCGUUCAGAGACCGGGACAUUGUGCUUUGAAAUGGAGGCAGCUGGUCUAAUGCUCGAUUUUCCCUGUGUUGUCAUCCGCGGAAUUUGUGAUUAUGCCGACUCGCAUAAGAACAAAGAAUGGCAAGGAUAUGCGGCUCUAGUAGCAGCAGCGUACACAAAAGAGCUGCUGGGAUAUGUUCCUGUUGGCCAUGUCUCCCAAGAGAACCUGGUAGUAGACGCAUGCAACGGAUUGAAGAGCGAAAUUAUGGGCACAAAUCAACGUCUAGACGAAGCAUACGUUCAGCAAGAGCACCAUCAUCGUGAGAAGGUUACAUUCGUGUUGACGGAUCAGCAAAACCGCUGCCACCAAAUAUUCAAGGUAUCAAGUUACGAGGAGCAAAAGAAUAUCAAUCCUAGAAAGGUAGAAGGGACCUGCCUGUGGGCUACACUGAGUCCCGAAUAUAUCCGUUGGGCAGAAAGCAACUGUAACGAUCUUCUCAUAGUGUCUGCUGACCCAGGCUGCGGGAAGUCCGUGCUCUCCCGAUCGAUAAUCGAAGACCAGUUAGAAGUUUCUAAUCCAGGAGUGACCAUCUGCUACUUUUUUUUCAAGGACAACGACGAGCAGAAUCAUCUUGCUUCAGCACUCUGCUCCGUACUCCAUCAGCUUUUUAGCCAGCAGCCUCAGCUCUUGCGUCAUGCCAUACCAUCAUGGGGAAAACAUGGUGAAAAACUGCGACAAGAGGUUGACGAACUUUGGAGGAUUUUUACAACCGCCGUAUUAUCAGAUGAAUCAUGCAAGACAAUUUGUCUUUUCGAUGCGCUUGAUGAGUGCCGUGAGGUUGAUCAGAAUCGACUGAUUGAGAAGCUACAGUCAUUUCAUCGCCUGCCACGUUCGCAGAGACAGGAUACCUGGUUGAAAUUCCUAGUCACUAGUCGCCCCUAUGACGAGAUUCAGAAUAGAUUUCGAGCAAUAACGGGCUCCUUCCCCCGUCUUCAUUUGAAAGGAGAGGAAGAAAAUGAUCAGAUCCAUCAAGAAAUCAACCUUGUCGUGAAGGUGCGAGUAAGAGAGUUCGCCAAAGCAGCAGCGUUGUCACGUGAUACAGAGCAGCGACUUAAGCAGCAGCUUCUACAAAUGGAGCACCGUACGUAUCUCUGGUUACAUCUAGCCAUUGACGACAUUCGAUCCACACUUGAGGAUAGUCUCCGCCCUUCUGAGGAAGAAAUACAGAUGAUACCUCAAUCAGUCGAUGAGGCGUACGAGAAGAUUCUUAGUCGAUCGCCACCCCGUCAAGUGGACAUUACAAGGAAGAUCUUACAAAUCAUGGUUGCAGCACGGCGCCCUUUAACAACGGCGGAAAUGGCCAUGGCGCUCGGUAUAGCCACCUCUCCACAAGCCCAAACUGCUGCAGAAGCUGGAAUUGAAGCAUCCCAAUUCUACAAAAAGCUGCGUCGAUUAUGUGGCCUUUUUGUUUUCAUCAACAACUCCAAGAUCUACUUUAUUCAUCAGACAGCUAGAGAAUUUCUUCUCAAGAAAAGUAGCUCUAACAGUGUCGACUGCUUGUACUCAUGGUCCUUAACUGAUACUGAGGAUCAAAUGGCCGUUAUUUGCUUGCGAUACCUAUUGAUGGAGGAUCUGGAACACAAUGAAGAAUCAUGCUCUAACAUUCGAAGCUUUUUACAUUAUUCAGCAUUAUAUUGGGCGGACCACAAACGGAAGAUGAGUCUGACCCAAGACCAAGAAGCGACCGGUCAAGUUCAACAAAUCUACGAUCUGAGUAGAAAGGUAUUUUCAUUGUGGUUCCCUAUCUUUUGGAAGACCAUCGAGAGUUACAGUGCCCCGCCUUCGAUGACGACUUUACACCUGGCAUCACUCAACGGACAUGAGCGGGAAGUUGAGUUUCUACUGUCUCUCGAUAGGAAGGCUAUCAAUUCAAUCGAUGGCGCCGGAACGUACCCUAUCAUCUGGGCCUCCUUAAACGGUUACGAUAAGGUUGUGCAGUUGCUGCUGGAGAAGGGAGCCGAGGUCAACGCUCAAGGUGGAAACUAUGGAAACGCCCUCCGAGCUGCGUCUUUGCGAGGACACGAUAAGAUUGUACAGCUCCUGCUGGAGAAGGGAGCCGAGGUCAACGCCCAAGGUAGCGAGUCUGGAAAUGCCCUCCAAGCUGCGUCUUCCCAAGGACAUGAUAAAAUCGUGCAGUUGCUGCUGGAGAAGGGAGCUGAGGUCAACGCUCAAGGUGGAGGAUAUGGAAAUUCUCUCCAGGCUGCAUCUUUAGAAGGACACGAUAAGAUUGUACAGCUCCUGCUGGAGAAGGGAGCUGAGGUCAACGCUCAAGGUGGAACAUAUGGAAAUGCUCUCCAAGCUGCAUCUUCCCAAGGACGUGAUAAAAUCGUGCAGUUGCUGCUGGAGAAUGGCGCUGAGGUCAACGCUCAAGGUGGAGGAUAUGACAAUGCUCUCUACGCAGCGUCUUUAGAAGGACACGAUAAGAUUGUACAGCUCCUGCUGGAGAAGGGAGCCGAGGUCAACGCUCAAGGUGGACACUUUGGGAAUGCUCUCCGAGCUGCAUCUUCAGAAGGACACGAUAAGGUUGUACAGCUCCUGCUGGAGAAGGGAGUCGAGGUCAACACUCAAAGUGGAGAAGAUGGAAAUGCUCUCCAAGCUGCGUCUUUCAAAGGACACGAUAAGAUUGUACAGCUCCUGCUGGAGAAAGGAGCCGAGAUCAACGCCCAAGUUGGAACAUAUGGAAAUGCUCUCCAAGAUGCGUCUUUAGAAGGACACGAUAAGAUUGUACAGCUCCUGCUGGAGAAGGGAGCUGAGGUCAACGCCCAAGGUGGAACAUAUGGAAAUGCUCUCCAAGCUGCGUCUUUAGAAGGACACGAUAAGAUUGUACAGCUCCUGCUGGAGAAAGGAGCCGAGAUCAACGCUCAAGGUGGAUACUUUGGGAAUGCUCUCCAAGCUGCAUCUUCAGAAGGACACGAUAAGGUUGUACAGCUCCUGCUGGAGAAAGGAGCCGAGAUCAACGCUCAAGGUGGAUACUUUGGGAAUGCUCUCCAAGCUGCAUCUUCGCAACGACACAAUACCAUUGUACAGCUUCUGCUGGAGAAGGGAGCCGAGGUCAACGCCCAAGGUGGAUACUUUGGGAGUGCUCUCCAAGCUGCGUCUUUAGAAGGACACGAUAAGAUUGUACAGCUCCUGCUGGAGAAGGGGGCCGAGGUCAACGCCCAAGGUGGAAAAUAUAGAAACGCCCUCCGAGCUGCGUCUUUGCGAGGACACGAUAAGAUUGUACAGCUCCUGCUAGAGAAAGGAGCCGAGAUCAACGCUCAAGGUGGAUACUUUGGGAGUGCUCUCCAAGCUGCGUCUUCCCAAGGACACGAUAACAUAGUGCAGCUGCUGCUGCUGGGGAAGGGAGCUCAGAGUGGGAGGAUGGAGAUAUUUUCUGGGCUGCAUCUUUGGUAA